GUUAGUUUGCCAUAGUAGUGUGUGUCUGUUGUCAAGGAAGCCAACGAUGAAGGAUUUAUUUUCUAUACCAAAAGAACAAACUGGAAACGGGCCCAUCCAAUUUUGCUGGCAGAGAGUUAAUGGAAACUACCUAGUUAUUGCUGGUGUAGAUCAAGUUGUACGGAUAUAUGAUCGACAUGGCGUGCUAAAGAAUUCCAUAAAUCUACAAGGCCAGUGUACUGGAAUGGAUUGGGAUCAUGAUGGAGAUGUUCUUGCCAUAAUAUGUGAUAAAGUCAGCACAGUAUAUCUGUGGAUGUCUCACUCCAAUGAGAUUAGGAAUAUUGACAGUGGUAUGAAAGACCCACUAACAUUCUUAGGCUGGUCAAAGAAAGGUCAACUACUAGCAAUUGGCACCACGAAAGGCAAUUUAUUAUUGUACAAUCACCACACAUCAAAAAAAUUACCCAUCUUAGGUAAACAUUCUAAGAAAAUAACAAGUGGGGCAUGGAGUUCUGAGAAUUUAUUAGCUCUGGUUAGUGAGGACAAAUAUUUGACCAUUAGCAAUUCUGAGGGAGAUACAUUGCGGCAGUCUCAGCUUGGAGGUGAACCUACUGCUAUACAGUUUUCAGAAAUGAAAACUGAUGAACGAAGUGCAAUGACUGAAGAUACAGUGAGCAUUGUCAUCUCUCAGCGUUAUCUGCUGCUUUACAAUAUCAACAAUCCAGACAACCCCAUCGAAUUGAGGUUCAACAAAUCUUACGGAUCCAUUAUGGCAUAUUGUUGGCAUGGAGAUGGCUACAUUGUAAUUGGUUUUUCAUCUGGGUACUUUGUUGGUAUAUCUACCCACAUAAAAGAGAUUGGACAGGAACUAUUUUCAACACAUGAUCACAAAGAGGGCCUGACAAAUCUUGCAUUGUCUCCAUAUUUGAACAAAAUAGCGACAUCUGGUGGCAGCAGUAUUCGCAUUCACGAGAUGAAUGACUCUCAGGAAAUCUAUGCUAUAAUUCAACUUGAAGAAGAUUAUACUGUUGACAAAAUGAUGUGGACUGAGGAUGGUCAAUUGAUGGCAGUUUCAUCUUUAUAUGGUCAUCUGCAGGUUUUUUUGACUAAAUUACCCAUGCUAGCUGUCACUUACCAAACCCGAAUUGCUAACUUAACAUCAUUGCUUGAAGUCACAGUUCAGGAUAAUAUCAAUAAUGAUUCACCUCUAGCUAUUUCAAUUGACAUUGAACCCUCAUUUAUUGCUUUGGGCCCAUCACAUCUUGCUGUUGGCAUGAACAAUAUAGCAUGGUUUUACCAUCUUGAAAAAGGUGACAAGAAGCUACGAGAAGUAGACUAUGUGGGUAGUGUCCAAUCCCUAAAGAUGAAUGCCAUUUAUGUGGCUGCACAUAUAGGAGAUAAAAUUCAUCUGCAUAUUCUCGAUGCUGAUAAUUGUGAAAAUGAAGAAUUCAAACAGAAGCAGUCUCGUCUCUUUGAAGGCAACAAGUCUCAUAUUACACAUCAUGCAAUGACUGAAGACUUUUUAAUAUUCUGCACCAGUUCUGGAUUGCUGCAGUAUUUUUACAUGGAUGACUGGAAGUUUGUUAAUGAAUAUAAACAUACUUGUGGCAUUCUCAAGGUCUUCCCUCAUUCUAUGGGAAAUCUCAUUUUUAUUGAUGACAAAUUUGAUGGAUUUGUUUAUAAUCCGGCAAAUGACCAGGUUGUUGAUGUGCCAAAGUUAGAUGCCAAUGUGCAAGGAGUUUUGUGGGAAACAGAUCCACGACAUAAGGGACUAUUUAUUACAUUUACUGAAUCCCAAAUAUCAGUUUAUGUGUAUGCAAAGAAUACUUUACAUGGUAGCAUUUGUGAAUUUGUUUACCAGUGUAAAACUCCUUUUUGUCAAAUUCCAGUACUUCUUAAUAACGGACAGAUUACCUUGCUUAACCAAAGCGGCCGUUUAGUCACAAUGAUACUCUCAUGUUUUUCACUUGUGAUGAAAACAGAUUUAUCAGAAAUAUCAAAAACUAAACUUCAAGAGAGUCUGGCAUUGUGUAUCAAAUUAAGAAGGUGGAAAGAUUGUCUGAGACUGUGUGAAGCUCUUGGCACCAAAAAUAAUUGGGAGGUUGUAGCAGAAGCAGCUCUAAGAAACCUUGAAAUUGAUGAAGCUAUUGCGAUCUAUCGACAAAUCAAAUGCCCUGCUAUGGUGAGGGAUCUGAAGGAAAUUGGGAAAACUGAGGAAUGGAAUCUAUUAAUUGGUUAUGUUGCCAUGAUUCUGAAAGAGUUCAAUUUGGCACAAGAAUCGUUCCUGUCAUCCUCUCAACCAAAAGAAGCUUUAGAGAUGCGAAAAGAUCUUUUACAAUGGGAUAGUGCUCUCCAGCUUGCUAAAGUUUUAGAUCCGGAAAGUAUUCCAUUCAUUUCUUUGGAGUCAGCUGAAGAAUUGGAACUCACUGGGAAAUACAUGGAAGCCCUUAACCAUUAUGAACAAGGUAUUACCAAUCAGAAAGAAGAUGAACACAAUAAAACCUGUGCUGGAGGUACAGCCCGCAUGGCCAUUAGAACUGGCGAUAUCAGGCGCGGCGUCAAAAUUGCUUCGAAAAUAUCCAACCGUACUUUGCACAAGGACUGUGCAGAAAUUCUGGAAUCAAUGAAGCAAUGGGCUGAGUCUGCUGCUUUAUAUGAAAAAGGAGGUUUCUAUGACAAAGCUGCAUCAUCUUACAUCAAAUGCAAGAACUGGAACAAAGUAGGAGAACUUUUACACAAUGUAACAUCUUCCAAGAUCCAUAUCCAGUAUGCAAAAGCAAAAGAAGUUGAUGGUCACUAUAAGGAAGCUGUUGAAGCUUACAGACUAGCCAAAGACUGGGAUAAUGUCAUUCGAAUCUAUCUGGAAUUCCUACAGAAUCCUGAAGCUGCUGCUCAGAUUGUCAAAGAAACAAAAUCAGUAGAAGGUGCUAAAAUGGUUUCUCAAUUCUUUCAGAAGUUGGAUGACUUCAACACAGCCAUUGAGUUUUUGGUCGUGUCUGGUUGUAAUGAUGAAGCUUUCCAAAUUGCUCAGAUGCAUGAUGCUAUGGAAAUCUAUGCCAGGAUUAUUGGUAAUGAUGCUUCUCCAGAGAUCUAUCAUAAUGUUGCUGUUUAUUUUGCUGGAGAACAGAACCAUUUAUGGGCUGGCAAGUUCUUUCUUCUUAGUCAACAUUAUGAUCAGGCAUUGCGUCAUCUGUUAAUGUGUAAAGGUGAGGACCGGGAGGCAAUUGAUUUAGCCAUCAAGACUGUGAAAGAAGCAAAUGAUAUUGAACUAACCAAACAAUUAUCUAAUUACCUACUUGGUGAUACAGAUGGCUUACCAAAGGAUGCUAAAUAUCUGUUUCGUUUACAUAUGGCACUGAGUCAAUACAAGGAGGCUGCAAGUAUUGCAAUUAUCAUAUCCAAGGAGGAACAGAACAGUGGUAAUUACCGUCAUGCCCAUGAUGUAUUGUUUGCAAUGUAUCAAGAAUUAAAAGAAAACAAGAUGAAGAUACCUGCUGAAAUGUCCACCAAUUUGAUGAUAUUACACAGUUAUUUAUUAGUGAAGAUGUGUAUUAAAUUAAAGGAAACUGUAAGAGCUGCAAGGUUACUGGUGCGUGUUGCCAAUAAUAUCAGCAAGUUCCCUUCACAUAUUAUACCCAUUCUCACCACCACUGUAAUUCAGUGCCAUCGAGCUGGAUUACGUAAUUCCUCCUUUAGUUAUGCUGCUAUGCUGCUCAGAGAUGAAUACCAAAGAGAUAUUGAUCCAAAAUUGAAGAAGAAAAUUGAAGGGAUUGUACGGAAACGAGACAAAUCUGAAGAAGAUGAACUCUUAACUCCAUGUCCAUUUUGUCAGUCAUCAAUUCCAGAAACUCUUUUAGUAUGUCCUGAUUGUAAGAUGAACAUUCCUUAUUGUAUAGCUACAGGAUGCCAUAUAACUAAAGAAAAUCUCACUGCAUGUCCAAAAUGUCAGUUCCCAGCACUUUACUCAGAAUAUAUAAAAUUGCUGGAAUCUGAAGAGAAAUGUCCUAUGUGCAGUGAAACUAUUUUAAGAAAUGAACUCACUACAGUUACUGAUCCUAAAAUGUUUCUUCCAACAUCGCAAGGCAUUGAAUAGGCUGCACCACGAUAUCUUCUGUACAUUAGUCCGUCCAUCUUUAAGAAGUAAUUGGUUAAGAUAAAAAUGUCUUCAUCAGAAAUUUCUCUAAAACAGACAUCACAAUGCAGAGAUUUAUGUCAUAAAAAUUUGGCUCAAGAACCCUUUAUUUAGAAAGAGGGCAUAUCCUAUUUUUAAAAUGAAUGUUCAUGCUGCAUUUCUGGUUUAGUGUCUUUGACCAAAAUGCUAGGUUCUCAUAUAUUUAUCAGUAAAGAAUGGCAUCUAUAACUGAUAUGGCUUUCUUGAGUGAAAACUCAUUAAAAUUUAAAAAUUUAUUGGAAUGGUGAAAACAAAUAUUUGAAAAGCUUUAAAAAUAUUAAGAAUUGUUAAUUUUUUUUUUUAUUUCAUCUGUCAAAAAGUAAAUGUAAAUCCAAACAAAUUAAAACAAAAAUAUACUCUGAAAAUGUUCAUGUAUUGUCAAAUACUUUGCCACAAAUUAUCAUGGGUGAAAUGAAACUCACAUACACAAUGUUUUGAGACAGUAUAUUUUCCUUUAAUAUUUGUUUUGUUUCAAUUUCAUUUCAUUAUAUUCAUUGUUCUUUCUUUUUGUUGAUGUAAAAAAUAACUGAUAAUAAAUAUAUAACAGACAUGUGUUGGUAAAAUG